AUGCAAUGUACAAGCUCUGCUAGCAUUUUUCCCAGGCUCUCAACAGAGACGUACAACCAGCGUUUGCAACGCUGCAGAGCCGUGGAGAGUGGAUGGCUGCAAGCUCUUCAUUUACUGAAACGAAUGAAGGGCCGAGUUCAAGCAGACGUCGUCUCCUUCAACACUGCGCUAACUGCCUGCGAAGGCCAUUGGGAGCACUCCUUCCAAGUGUUAGAGGCAGCAUCUUCAGAAGCCGUGGAAGCUGACGCUGUGACCCUUAGUGCUGGCAUUGGCUCCUGCCGCAAGGCGUCUCAAUGGGAGAAGGCACUGCAACUGAUGGCAUCGUUGGAUACCGUGCAGGUAGAUGUGGUUGUUUGGAACUUUGCAAUUUCUGCUUGCAUGGAUGGCAAAAAGGGAGUGGAGGUGUUGAGGCUCUUAUCACAGCUCCGCUGUGAACAUUUACAGCCAACAGUGGUGACCUUUGGCAGUCUAGCUGCAUGCUUAGGAGGCCAUUGGCGAGACGCGCUUCGUCUGCUGACGGAGGCGGUGAGUUCCAAGCUUCGGCCGAGCUCACCGCUGAGGAAUUCCGUACUCAACGCGCAAAGCCAGGGCCAUCGCUGGCAAGCUGCCCUCGAUGCAAUGCAGACGGGGGUGCAGGUGAGUAGUGCGCCCAACACGAUCACCUUCAAUACUGUCAUGACUGGGCAAGACUGGAAGGAGGCUUCAGAGCUGCUGGGUGCCAUGCGACGUCGGUGUGUCCAACAAAGUAUUGCAUCCUACGGCACGGCUUUGGAGUCGGAGGAAUUGGCGUGGAAGAAUAGCUUGCCUUUGCUGGAACAACUGCAGCAGGAUGCCUUGAAAGUCAACUUGAUCAUUUGCACGUCCUUGAUGCAAGUGCUCCCAUGGGAGCAGGUUUCUCAGCUGCUUCACGCCAUGGAUGACUGGACCCUUGAGCGAAACGUCAUGAUCGUUGGUGCGAGUUUGACAUCCACGCGCUCUUGGGAGAAUGUUCAGGAGGUGCUGGUCAGCACAUUGCAUCGUGGAAUCCAGCCAGAUGCGGUCUGCUGGGAGGCGUUGAUGUUGGCUCAGGGCCAAGGACGAAGAUGGGAACUGGCACAAAGUCUGGUAGUUCCUGCCGCUCAAGACUUAAGAGUUCGAUCUGCCAAUGUGUUGGCCACGAUCUACAACUGGGGCGACCAGUGGACACGGACCUUGCAGGUCUUUCACAGCAUGAAGCAGACGGAUGUGGUGAGUUUCAACUUGGCUUUGGGCGCCUGCCAUCGCUCCAGCGAUGUGGUGGAGUUGCUGGCGUCUAUGAGGGAAAAGCAGCUCCGGCUAGAUGCAGUUGGUGCCAAUGCCGCUUUGAGUUCCUUUGCCACAAUCGCUUUGUGGAGGGAGCCUUUGAAGCUGGUGGAACUGAUGAGGAAUGGAGGCAUCCCCCGUGAACUGGCCACCAGCAGUGGCAUCACCAAUGCCUGCCAACGAGCAGGUCAAUGGCAACGGGCGUUAACAGCCGUGCGUUUGGAAGAUGCAUUGAUAGAUCCCGAGGUUCUUGCUGUUGCAAUCACUGCUGCGGAAGGCCUCGGUAGUAUCUUGAUUGCACUCAAAUUCUACGGGAACAAGAGAUUCUUCAUGCGUAAAGGUGUUGCAUGGUCUCGACCUGGAUGA